AUGAUAAACAAACUAUUAGUAUUUACUGAAAACAAAGAAACUCGAAUAGUCAGAACAUAUGCCGAUACAUAUACUGACGAUGAGAUUAAAGAAAUUAUUUUGUUAGAAAAAGAUUCUAAUAUAAUAGGAGACAUAAUUUUUAAAAAAUUUGAUGACAUUUAUUUUUGUUUAGUUGUCAAAAAUGAAAACGAAUUAUAUGCCUUAGGCCUUAUAAAUACACUAGUAGAAACUCUUAAUUAUAAGUUUCCAAACUUGACAGAUAUCAAUUUUGUUUAUCAAUUUAAAGAAAUUUAUGACAUUAUAGAUUCAAUGUUUGUAGGGGGAUAUGUUAUACAAUAA